AUGAGUGUCGAUCCAGAUCAUCUUAACUAUGUGCCGUUGGUGGCCUACAAUGGCUCCAACGCCGCUGGAGGAGAUUCCUUGACCGAGGACAUGAACUUGUUCUACAAUGCUGGAGAUAUCGCAUGGAUGAUCACAGCGACCGCGUUGGUCUUGCUCAUGAUUCCAGGUGUCGGUUUCUUCUAUUCAGGUCUUGCGCGACGAAAGUCGGCCCUGUCUCUCAUCUGGCUCUCCAUUAUGGCGACAGCCGUUGUAUCUGUCCAAUGGUUCUUCUGGGGCUACUCACUCGCAUUCUCGCACACCGCUGGAAAGUACAUUGGUGACUUGGAGAACAUUGGUUUCCGAAAUGUCUUGGGCGCACCAUCCGUUGGUUCCCCAAAGAUCCCGGAUCUCAUGUUCGCCGUCUACCAGGGAAUGUUCGCGGCCAUCACCGUAGCUCUCGCCAUCGGCGCCGUAGCUGAACGUGGUCGCAUGCUUCCAACCAUUGUCUUCAUGUUCGUUUGGUCAACCCUCAUCUAUGAUCCAAUUGCUUGCUGGACCUGGAACGCCUCCGGGUGGGUUUUCAAGAUGGGUGGACUUGAUUUCGCCGGUGGAACCCCAGUGCAUAUCUCAUCGGGAUGCGCCGCUCUCGCAUACUCCAUUAUGUUGGGCAAGCGUCGUGGACACGGAACUCAUGAAUUGAACUAUCGCCCACACAACGUAACACACAUUGUCAUCGGUACCGUCUUCCUAUGGGUUGGAUGGUUUGGCUUCAAUGCCGGUUCAGCUCUCGCUGCCAACAUGCGCGCUGUCAUGGCCGCAGUGGUUACCAACUUGGCUGCGUGUGUUGGUGGUAUCACCUGGUGUGUUCUUGAUUACCGUCUUGAGCGCAAGUGGUCUACCGUUGGUUUCUGCUCAGGUGUCAUUGCCGGAUUGGUCGCCAUCACUCCAGGUUCCGGUUUCGUUCCAGCAUGGGCUGCCAUCAUCUACGGUGUUGUCGGUGCCGCAGGUGCCAACUAUGCCACCAAGCUCAAGUUCCUCAUUGGUGUUGAUGAUGCUCUCGAUAUCUUCGCUGAGCACGCUGUUGGUGGUUUCAUCGGAAACAUCCUCACUGCUUUCUUCGCAUCCGACUACAUUGCUCAUCUCGAUGGUUUCUCCGAGAUUCCAGGUGGAUGGGUCAACAAGCACUGGGUUCAACUCGGUUACCAACUCGCUGAUUCCGUCUCUGGAGGCGCAUACUCUUUCUUCGGAACCUGCCUCAUCCUCUUCAUCAUGAACCUCAUCCCAGGUCUCACCCUCCGCGCCACCGAGGAAGCUGAGAUUCUCGGUAUCGACGACGCUGAGAUCGGCGAGUUUGCCUACGAUUACGUUGAGCUUACCCGUGAAGUCCUCAACGACAUGUCCGACGCCGACAGCAAAUACUCCGGCAGCCACCCACGCGAAGGCGAACUCCACGAGAAACCCCACCACGAUUCCCCCAUCGCGCGAGAUAUCGAAGCUUAA